GUCCUCCCCGCCUCUCUAGCAUCAUCUGUAAAGCGCUCACGUUACUCUGCUUUUGAGGCCUUUGCUCGUCACCCCAAACGUAUCAGCCCUUUACGAAACUUCCCUUCAUCGUCACUGUCUGUAGGACGUUCGCAAUAGAAGCGCAGAUCAACCGCAGGCUAUUAUGAAUUCGAAAGACGCCGGGAGACAAACUCGUGCCUGGACCGCGGUCGGAGCCAUGACGCCUGAAGCUGUUUUCGCCAGAUUCGACCAACGCAUCACCAAUAGCUUUGACGCGGAGGAGAUGGCUGCACUGAGCAGAAACUUCAAGGAGAUUUGCGACAAUGAUGGCCAUGUUUCUGAACCAGCAUUUACGACAUUUGUGCUCUCGAAGACUCGUCUCUCACCCGCCCUGACGAAGGCCGUUCAUAUCCUGUUCGACAGUCUUUGUUACCUGAGUCAGGUCCCGCUACAGGCAAAAUCACCGCCACCAACUCAUCUGACCCUCGAUGGCUUGAAACGCGCUUUAAUGUGGAUACUCCCCAGUAGGGAAAGAUCGGUCAUUAAUGCGACUGUGGGUCACCGCGUUAGACGUCCAGCUGAUCACACAAGGCUCAUCUUCCAGAGUCUAGCAACCUCUUACGACAAUUUCCAUGUACCUCCUGACGUCCGGGCCGUACAGUCGUUAGUAGUCCACAACGUGGCUAGGAUCUCAGCUGAACAGAUACACGCCUUUCAAGAUGCAAGGAUGCAUUUCGAUGAGGAUGGUGAUGAGAUGUACCACGAUGUCUUGGACGUUCUUGUGUCUACACAGCCGUACGUCCCUCCUGGUUUCGCAGAACCAAGUCGCGACGCCUUUCGUGCGCUGGCAAAGAAGCUGCACGAAGGCGCGCCAUCUCUGUACGAGUUGGUCGUACCGCAACUCCGUUUAGAGGCUUUCCUUUCGCUACUAAUCGCGACAAACUUCGUAGACGGUGUUUUGGACGCUGAUCAAGAUCUCGAGUUUGUUACACGUUGCAUAGCUGCAAGCUUUCGCCAACGUCUAAACCUGAGGUCAGUCGAUGAUCGAUCUGCUGAAUGUCAAUCUGUUCCUAACAGAGGGAGUACAUGGGCAACGUUCCAUUUCGCCAUCUCUAAACUGCUCCCCCAUCUCUUCGAUCCUCUGUAUGACCUCCUAGGCAAAGUUUUCUUUGACCAACUGUGUCCACACGACGCUAAUUCAGGGUAUCUUCCAACAGCUGAGCUUGGCGCAGUUCUUACCCUCCCUCGAAUGGCUCAGCUGGAAACGUUUCUGUUCAAUUCGAUCUGUAUGGCCGACAUUCGACGCUUCCAAAGCCAUCCGCACGCGACAGGACCAACGGCUUCAGAUCUAAUGAGAGAUAUCAACGCCAUUCCAGAAUGCGCAUUACUCAUCAUAUCGGGUCAUGCAGCUGCGGGGGAGACGUACGUAUUCGGUGCUUUCGUCUCUCAACCGUCCAUAGAAGGGCUUUCCAUCCAGAGUGGUGACACACGCUUCGAGGAGACAGCGUUGCUAUUCCAACUCAGCCCUACCCAUGAUGUGUUCCGAGGCCAGGUAGGCAAGCCGGCCUGGUCGGCGACCGAAAAGGGAAUUGUGUUCGGCAAUGAAGAUCAUGGUGCUGCCUUGAUCUUGGAUGAGCGUUUGACGGAUGUUCGGUUCACACACAACCCGUCUGGGAACAUUGAGUAUUUCGUCUAUCAUCCGACUGCGCAUAGGGGACAGUUCGAAAUAAACUUCGCCAUCGAGAAAAUUGAACUGUGGGCCGAGGGUUCAUAGUAAGCUAGGCCGAGACGCCCCGAGGAAUCGAAGCAUCCGAUAUCAAGCGACCCUACGCAUUUGGGAACACUGACUUUCUGCUCUGCUUAAAUUGCUGUCAACUUCUACGCG